AUGCACACAUUUUCCACAUUACCCGUCGAACUUGUUUAUCGAAUUAUGGAUCAUCAAAAUGAGAAGACGCUAUUUUGCUCAAUGCAAAAUAUUUCACGGCGGCUCAACAAGAUCCUGAACACCUAUGAGCGAUAUCGAACACUCACCACACUAUAUCUCUUUAAUAACGGAAUGGAUGCUGAAGGAGCAAAACACAUUGCGAAUGCGUUGCGAACGAACACGACACUCACCACACUAGACCUCGUCCGUAACGAAAUCGGCGAUGAAGGAGCACAACACAUUGCCAAUGCGUUGCGAACGAACAAGACACUCACUACUCUAGAUCUCUUCUACAAUAGAAUAGGUGCUGAAGGAACAGGUCACAUUGCGGAUGCGUUGCGAACGAACACGACACUCACCACACUAAACCUCCAAAAUAACGAAAUCGGUGAUGAAGGGGCACAACACGUCGCGGAUGCGUUGCGAACGAACACGACACUCACCACACUAGACCUCGAGCAGAACGGAAUCGGUCAUGAAGGAGCACAACACAUUGCGGAUGCGUUGCGAACGAACACAACACUCACCACACUAAACCUCCAAAAUAACGAAAUCGGUGAUGAAGGAGCAAAACACAUUGCGAAGGCGUUACGAACGAACACGACACUCACCACGCUAAACCUCUUCAACAACGAAAUCGACGAUGAAGAAGCACAACAUAUUGCGGACGCGUUGCGUAGGAAUGCAAGCGUUAAUAUGGUGUAG